AUGACCCCAGAAAGACCUGUGAAAAAUGUUGGGAAGCAGAUAAAAUCACCACUGCAACCCAGAGAAAGAGAAAAAGAGAAGAAGAUAACCAUGCUGCCUUGUCCCCAGCCCCUGGGAGCCAACACACAUUAUGACAAUCCUCAGAAUUUAUUUACAGCAUUGCAGGCAAAGUUUUGCAGCUCAACAAGUGUGGAGUUCCAAGGCAGUUUUCUAGUGUCUGUGGACCCAUUAGAUGAGGACAAGAAACAGAAACCACAGCCAAGUCAAAGAGAAGGGAACACAAUCAACCAGCAUACACUAUCAAUCAGGAUCAAGCACACCAAUGCACAUACAGCCUACUAUGAUGUCACCAUGCCCCUGGAGAUCCAGGCACUAUACCCACAUGUUACACCAGCACAAGUACACUCUGCUUGGAUGAAGAUGAGUGAAAUUCUCUGGAAAAAGGAUACCAAUCAGCUUACAUCAGCAAGAACACUAUUGGAUGAGUGCAGCAAUGAAGUAGACAUUUUUGACAUGAAGAUCCCAGAUGGGGUGGAGCAAAUAUGCUGGGGAAUGAAGAAAAUAUCUGGCAUGUUGGAAGGAAAGGCUGUUGAAAUUGCCCUGGAUGCAACAUAUAAUACAAAUGCAAAGCACCUAGAGCUAUAUAGUGUGCUUGCAGAAUAUGAUAAUGCUGGCUUCCCACUGAUAUGGCAGAAAUUAGUAUGUCCAAGUCAGUAUGGCCAUCAGCUAAAAUCCAGCUCUGCUGGUGGCAUCUAUGGAGAUCUGUACAAGAAUGCACCCAAUGUUGCCAAGUUUGAGGGCAGAGUCCUUCUGGAACAUGAUGAGAUCCCCCAUGACAACAUCAUGCCUUCACUGUCCAAUCACAUCCCAAAUCCAUCUUUCAGCAUCACUACCAAACCAGACAUCAGCCAGAUGAAUCCAUCACAGGCACAGGCAGAGUCAUCAGCAACACAAAACUUACAAUUAAAGAUAAGCACCACACAUGUACCUGCCCAGCAACCAUACAAUGUUGAUAACACCCAAGCAAUUGAAGGUGUCAGCAGUGCUUACAAGGUCAUGAGUCAGUCAGGGACUGAGGCAUUGACUGGCAAAUGUGAGGUAACUGAUGGAUAUCUUCGCAUGGGGUGA